CAUAUUAUAGUUGUUUAAGAAGUGUUACUACCACCUAGUGGUAACUAAGCAGAAUGUCUUUUUUGUAGAGGAAGUGGUCUACAGGAAGUAGUGUGCUCUUUAGCUGCUGCAGUGAAAACAUUUGUAAUCUGAUGGCAAUCUCUGCAAUCCUGGUGUUAAAGUCCACAAUACCAGCUUCAUCCUUUUACAAAAAAGAGCGAGAGAGAAUUUAUUUUCAUCAUUAAAUCCUGCCAAACACAACAAGCGGCCUGUUUCUUGAAGUAUGAAGUGCUGGGAAUAAAGAAUGUUAAGAUAGCCGUAUAGCUGAAAUUACAUUGCCUGCAACAAACUUUAGUGAGGACAGUAUAGUAAAAGGAUGACCACUCAACGUGGAAGUUAAGAAGAGUGAAGGAAUGUCAGUCUGCAUCACACUGCAAUGGAGGCCACAAGCGCCUCAGCACAAGCUUCAAAGGAAGACAGAGCUGAAGGCUCACGAGAUGAAGUUGAAUCGGGGUCUAUUUAUUCACGCCACAGCUCAAAGAGGUCACGCUCUUCACGCUCAUCAAGAAGCUCCAGAGUAAGCUAUGAAGCAGCCAGGGCGCGAGCCAAAGCAGAGGCGGCGAAAACCAGACUAGCAUUCACGGAAAAGGAAGGUGAACUAAGAGUCGAAAAGGCCAGACUAGAAGCCAAGAUAGAUUAUAUUAAUCUACAGAAAGAAGCUGAGGCUGCCCAAGCUGAAGCUGAGGUGUUGGAGGCAGCUGCAGGAGAUGUGAAUGAAUCCAACAACAAAGAAUUUGACUUUCUGCCCUUGCCAGAGAGUGCAUUGAAAAGGACUGAUCACUAUGUUACACAGCAGACACAAGAUCAAUUCCCACAAAGUAGAGAAUGAUUCGACUUUACUGCCAACAUCCACUCCAUUUCCAAGCUACAAUCAGAAUGCACAUCCCCAGCUCAUCGACAACGGAGCCAGCUUCCCUCAAAAUAAUGCUCAGCCACUCCAUAUGAACUUUCCACAGCAAGAAGAUGAGCGCUACCAGCACAGGGUACUGCCCGACAAUCAACCACAUCCAAACAGCUUCCACAAUAAUGACUCAUCUACAGAUCUUGUCAAGUUCCUUGCUAAAUCCCAGCUGGUUUCUUCAGGCCUAACAAAGUUUGAUGACUUACCCGAACACUAUAAAGCCUGGAGAGAAACGUUGAUCAACACAAUCGAAAGUCUGAGUCUAUCAGCAAGUGAAGAAAUGGUUCUGCUUAUCAAAUGGCUGGGUAAAGAAUCUGGUGAGCAUGCAAUCAGAAUACGGUCUGUGAGUAUCAGACAGCCUAACGUGGGACUUAGAAUGAUCUGGGAAAGACUAAAUAAAAAAUAUGGUGCUCCAGAGGUGAUAGAAAGAGCUCUCUUUUGUAAACUUGAGAGUUUUCCCAAGAUCCACAACAGAGAGAGUCAAAAACUACAAGAACUGGCUGACUUGCUUACUGAACUUGACGUUGCUAAACGAGAGGGUUACGUGCCAGGUCUAGCCUAUCUUGAUACAUCAAGAGGUGUGCAGCCAAUUGUGGAAAAGCUCCCUUUAUAUCUCAAAGACAAGUGGCUGUCACACGGGUGCAAAUACAAGAGAGAUCAUCAUGUUGCCUUUCCUCCUUUCUCCUACUUCAAAGAAUUCAUCUGCAGAGAGGCAGAAGAGAGAAAUGAUCCCAGUUUUAACUAUCCAGAUCUUUUCACAAAUUCUUACAGAAAAGAAAAGUCAAGUCAAGUCAAGUGAGACCUGUCUCCGUGCACAAGACGAACAUAUCUAUGGCUUCA